AUGCCGGUAGAAUUAGGCCAAGAUAAAGCGCAGGCAAUUAUAGACGAAAUUACAAAAGCGUACGAAUGUGUUGGACAAGCCGGAUUUCCGCCUCAAUAUGGUUAUAUUCCUGGUAUCAUUCCUGUUGCGCCAAUCGUUAAUCCUCCUCCGUAUGGUGGUAGUGCUAUUCCGCCUAAUCCACUGCCACCAGCGGGGGCGCCAACAACAUUACCCACCCAACAACCGUUUGGAGGACAACCACCAAGUUCUAUCUUCGUGAGACCUAUGGGUCCGGGUACUCCAAGUACUUUACCAUUUCAACCAUUACAAGGGGCUCCUGCUUCUUCAGGAUCUGUAUCGCAACCUGAAGCUCCUUCGCCGCCGUCAACGGGCAAUGUGCCAACUAGUCUAUCACCUCCAGGUGCGUUGCCACCUCCUGGAGCUUCUGCCUCAUUUAAUGCUCCCGGUUUACCACCACAAUUUCCGCCAGGGCAACCUCCCAGAG